AUGGCGGACCCUUUCGAGGUUCGGAUGCGCUUCACGGCCCAGCUUCAACAUCUCAACGCGUCCGUCACCUCGGCUCAGAAGGCCGCUCAAUAUGCACUCAAGUACAAGGACAUGGAUGAGGACCUGCACUCCUGCAUACUCGAGCAGCUGGAACGGAACAACAUGAACACUCGCGCCAACAUCAUGUACUUCAUCGAGCAUUUCCUGGAAAUGGCCCAGAAGGAGAAGCACGUCGACUACGUUCGAAUGAUGCAGCGCGACAUCAUUCGCAUCGUCGACGCCGUCGCUCCUGAUGAUGGAUCCGGCGCCGCCAACGUCAAGGUCGUCAGAAGGGUUCUACAGGGCCUCCAGCAGAAGAACUUUCUCGAGGCGCGCACCGUCGUCGAGAUCGAGGAGGUCCUCAGGGAGCGCGAGACCAGUGCCCACGACGCCGGCCUCUCGUCGCCCGUCAACGGCGACGUCGACAUGGGCGACGCGCCGCCUAGCCAUGCGCGCCAGUCCAACGGCCGGGCCCCGCGGCUGGAGAAGCGCCAGAUCGAGCAGCGCAUCGAGGAGGACCGCGAGCGCCACAAGCGUCUCCGCGAGAACAUCUGGGCCAUUGGCACCCAUGAGACCGCCGAGAUCGACAAGAUCUGGGACGAGACGAGCGACCUGGGCGAUGACGAUCACAUCCUUGCCGAGGAGGAGUUUGUCGCAUGCACCCAGGCCAUGAAUCACUCAUGUGCCCCCAAGCCACCUGCUGGUCCCGCCAGUACCCGUGUCGCGAAUGGCAAGAAGCAUUGA